AUGCAUGACGAUGCAAGAAGGAGAAUUAGAAUUAGAUUACAAUACAGAAAACCAUUGAGCGCGACAGAUUCACCUCUCGCUCACAACUCACCGGCGCAUCGUCUCCCACCUCUGGUUCAGAACUUGAUGGAUGCCAUGUCGGUUGCAAUCCGUUCAAUGCUUUUCGUUGUUGCUGCAAUUCCACUUUACCUAUGGCUACGCCGUGAGGUCUCCCAGUCUGACGGAGAAGAACCUCAGGCUGGGAAAUCAAACGGAAGAAGAAACUAUGGAUAUAGGUGAUAUGGCGGAUCGUAUCAGCAAUCUACCCGACCUUAUCAUUCAUCACAUUCUGUCUUUUAUGCCCACAAAAAAGCUUUAAACACGUUUAUCUUAACUACAAGGUGGAAGAACAUGUGAGCUUUUGUUCCCAACAUCAAAAUUGAUGAUAAAUUGCUGUGGGAUGGAGAAGUUGAGGUCGAUGUGAGUGCGAAAUCCAUUGCCUUUGUGGAAUUCGUAGAAAGAGUGUUGUGUUUACGGGUUGACGAAAUUCCGUCUAUAAUGCCAUGCUUUCGAUGAUGAAUCGCAAAUAUAUUCAUGGAUUUCUUAUGCAAUCAGGCACGAAGUUGAGGAGCUCUUUGUGACCGUUUUUAAUGUGCCUCCAUCUGUGAUUCCUAGGUCUAUGUUUACGAGCACAUCAUUGGUUAGCCUGAAAUUAAGAAUGAAUUGUGAUUUUGAAAUUCCAUCUGAGGUUUCUUUUCCAUGCUUGAAAACCUUGCGUUUGACUCUUGUUCGGUUUCUGGGUUUCUGGAUCAUGGUUAUGAAGAAAUAAUACUUUUCUCAGGCUGCCCAAUUUUAGAAGAGUUGGAUUUGGAAGACUUCAAGUGGCUAUACUUAGAGAACAUUUUGAUUUCUGGGUCUACCUUAAAAAGGUUGAACAUUUAUGAUCCAACAUAAACAUUCUUUAAUGCAGCUGAUGGUUUUCAAGGGGUUAAUAUCAAGAUCGAUGCACCAAAUCUUAGAUAUUAUAAAUAUUAUGGAUAUUUAAAACACAAGAAUCUUUUGAGUAAUACAUCGUCCCUGGUCAAAGCAUGGGUUCGCAUUGUAGUCCCAGAAAUACAAGAAUGGAAGUCGCAUCUCAAGCUCUUGAUCUACUCAAUCAACUUCAAAAUAUCAUGAUGUCUUUGACAUUAUGUGAUCUGACCUUGGAGACUUUCAUUUGCAGAUAGUAACCAUUUUCUUAUGUUCCCAAAUUUGACCCAUCUUGUGCUAAACUUGGAACUCCGGAUGGAUCGUUCAUUACGCGCAUUGCUUUGGAGAGAUUGGAUAUCAGGUUAUCUAAGCUAGAGGAUAUGACACAAGCUGUGGCCUCCCUUCAAAAUUCUCCAAUUCCUUCAUGCCGUUUGUAAUAUAUAUAUAUAUAUAUAUAUAUAUAUAUAUAUAUAUAUAUAUAUAUAUAUAUAUAACACCACUAAUUUCCUAAAGAAGCUAACAAAAGGGAACAGAGGUACAUACGGGUCUGUUGAGAUUUCAUGAGAACUUGAUGAAACAAGCUGUGGCCUCCCUUUCAAAAUUCUCCAAUUCCUUCAUGCCCUUUGUAAUCCUAUUCAUACCCCCUAGCUUAGAUAACCUGAUAUCCAACCUCUCCAAAACAGAUGCAUACUUCAAAACACAUUUAAGCCAAG